UGAUGGCCCAUCACCGACCCCACGCUCGACUCCUUUAGAUUCCAGUUUCCCGGAAGCCCCAUGCGUGAGGAAAUCCAUGUCUAGCAUACCAAGAUAACUUUUUAAUUGAGACUAUGGUGGCUGCUGCAUGGUUUCCCCUCAAACUCUGGGGGAGUUGACUAAUCUAUUGAAAUCACAAUGAUGAGCCAAUAUCUGGGUAUUGCUCAACAAAUCUCGAGGACUUCAAGUCCGUCUCCCACUUCACCUGGCACAUUCGACCCCGUUUCCACUAUCCCCACCACUCCCUUUACUGCUUUCACGUCAUUGGCAGGCUCCCCAGAUCGCACCUACCAGAAAUUUCAGGAUGGUCUCCCCAUACCGUUCUUCCCUGCGUCUUUGGACCAACCCGAAAGGAACGGUCCCCAACUUCCCCAACACCUUCCGCAGCUGCCACACAAUGCUACCCCGACAGAAGUAGCUGAGCAGGAUCUUGAGACGCCAGAUAAAUGGGUCAAUCGUAAUCCAGAACUGGUGCGAUUGACGGGGAAACAUCCUUUCAACUCCGAAGCACGACUUGGUGCUCUAUUCGAGGGUGGCUUUUUGACUCCAGCUCACCUGCAUUUCGUGCGGAACCACGGUGCAGUUCCACAGGUAAACUACGAGAUGGCUGCUAAUUGGACAAUUCGCGUGCAUGGUCUGGUGGAGCGAGAGGUAACAUUCACUCUGCAAGAGCUUCAAGAAAGGUUCCCUACUGUCACCCUUCCUGUAACUCUUGUGUGCGCCGGUAACAGGCGGAAAGAGCAGAAUGUCGUCCGCAAGACACUCGGCUUCAGUUGGGGAGCAGCGGGAGUGUCAACAGCCCUUUGGACGGGCGUCUACUUGGCUGACGUAUUGGAUCACGUGAGACCAAUCCGUAGACAAGCCAAAUACGUUGUCUUUGAAGGCGGAGAUAACCUUCCGAACGGGCCCUACGGAACAUCACAACGACUGACAUGGGCUUCCAAUAAGGACAAGGGCAUGCUUAUUGCCUGGGCAAUGAACGGUUUACCGUUAGAGCCAGACCACGGUUUUCCUGUGCGCGUUAUUGUGCCAGGUCAGAUCGGCGGACGGUCUGUUAAGUGGUUGAGACAUAUCGAAAUAAGCGAUCGUGAAAGCCAGCACUACGACAACAAAAUGCUGCCAACGCAGGUCAUGCCUGAACAAGCCCGCGCUGAGAAGCAUUGGUGGUAUGACCCAAGCGAGCUCAAUGUCAAUAGCGCCAUCGCGAAACCGGAUCAUAACGAGAAACUUUAUAUCGAUAAGACACCAAAUGAAGACGGCAUAAUUGCAUCAUAUCCCAUUCGAGGAUAUGCGUAUGCAGGUGGAGGUCGCAGGGUGACCCGUGUCGAGAUCUCGCUUGACCAAGGGGAAACAUGGACAUUGGGGAACAUCGAGUAUCCCGAGGACCGCUUCAGAGAAGCGCGUCACCAAGACCCAGUUUAUGGGACUCUUGAUGCGACCGAGCGCGAUACUUCCUUCUGCUGGUGCUUCUGGACAUUCGACGUUUCACAUGAUGUUCUCGCGAGCUGUGAUGCAUUGAUUGUUAGAGCCAUGGACGAGGGCCUCGCGUUCCAACAAAGAGACAUGUAUUGGCAUGCGCUUGGCAUGAUGAACAACUGGUGGUUCCGCGUUGCCGUUCACAAAACCGUUAACGAUGAUGGCAAAAUUGUCUUGCAAUUCGAGCACCCAACGCUCGCUGGGACAGCGCAUGGAGGGUGGAUGGAGCGCAUGAAAGCGGCUGGCGAGGACCUCACAAAGCCUAUUUUCAGCGAAAACGGACAGGAUCUCGCACCUCGUGCCCCAAAGCCUCAAUCAGAUGAGGUCUGCUUGACCAAACCUGGCAUAAACCGGAAAAUCACCCCGGAGGAGUUCAAAGCGCAAGAUCGACAGAAACCAUGGUUUGUCGUCAACGACGAGGUUUACGACGGAACCCCCUUUCUAAAGGAUCAUCCGGGAGGUGGUGACUCUAUAUUGCUUGUGGCUGGUGAAGACGCCUCUGAAGACUUCUUCGCCAUACAUUCUGCCGAAGGUAAAAUUAAAUUGGCUGAACACCAUAUUGGCACCCUCGUGACAAGCAUAGUCAACGAAGAGCCGACUACAACACAGUCGGAUGGGACCUUUUUAGAGCGUAACAGAUGGAAGGGCGUCAUAUUGUGUGACAUCAAGCAGAUCAACCAUGAUUCUUGCCUGUAUCGGUUCGCCUUGCCAAAAGAAGACCAACUGCUCGGUCUGCCAGUUGGACAGCACGUUUUCGUCCGCUUACGCCGGCAGGAUACUGGGGAAAUGGUACAAAGAGCAUAUACCCCAGUGUCGCCACAAGGCGCAGUGGGCUUCAUCGACUUUCUCAUCAAAUUGUAUCUUCCUUCCGCGGCAAUCCCCAUUGGAGGGAAAAUGACCACUGGCUUCCAUAAACUACGUCUCGGAGAUAGCGUAGAACUCAAAGGGCCGUUAGGGUCCUUCAUCUGGGAUGGACCAAACACAUCAUCAUGGAAGGGGAUAAGGAUGAUAGUCAAGGAAGUCGGCAUGAUCUGCGGCGGAAGCGGGAUAACGCCGAUCCUCCAGGUACUCCGCAGUAUUCUCCAGAACGCCGAAAGCGAGACCCGAGUGUGGUUAAUCAGUGCGAACAAAACAGAGCAAGACAUCCUCUGUAGAGAAGAGCUUGACAAGCUUCUCGCAUCGCACGGCAAGGAGCGUUUCAAGUUGCACUACACGCUUAGCGUCGCUCCUGAGGAGUGGACGUACAGCCACAUGCCCCCGCACUCUGAGCAUGGACUCAUCCUAGCCCCUGGACUCCAGAAUAUGGGAUGGGAUAUAGAGGAAUCUCUGGUAGUGUUCUGAAAGGUGAGAUGGUUGUAAGAAGUCGCAGAUUGUAUGAUAUUGUGAUACCACUUGCAAAAUGCUUGCGGCAUAGUAAGGCAUGUAUGAUUGGUGAGGCCUAGGGCUGGCCCCAUUAAUGGGUUGGCUUGCGAGUGUAGAGGUAAAUGACAAGGUCUACGACUACGAAUGAUGUGUGUGUUGCAUACUGCCACACAGGACUUUGGAUGGAGAGGGGGCAGAGGUGUUCUUGGGCAUUCGGCAAGAGUUCCGAACUUGCUUGGAAAAGAAGUCGCUGGACGGCAUGCAGCAUUUGAGAUCCAUAUGAAGUUCACUACAUAAGCUUGUCAUGGACCUGCAGUGAAUGUCAAGUAAGCCUUGACUCGAGGAAUUCGGGCAACCCUCCAUCACUUAAUGCUGUGCAGUGGCUGUGCAUAUGCAAGGAAGUACGACAGAUUUAUAGAAUGCAGUUAUUCGCAUUGCAAUCGUUCAGAUCGCAUCGAUGAGGACCCUGUAACC